GAGGAGAGGGCCAACAGAUAUAGUAGAUUUAUUCUAGUUGCCAAGGUCAAGGAUUCUUUUUUGGAUUCAGCCGUCAGCGAACUCUUUCCUCAGUAACAACCGACAGACUGUCUGCUUUGCAUUCUGUUGUCAGUGUGCAUCACUGAUAAAAAAAACAACCUACAGAAAAAAAAAAAGUAUGUGAGAAUAUUUUUAAAGGGGAAUCAGGAAAUUAUUUAUCAGUGUGAAGCACCAGAGAGUUCUGUACAGUCUUCAAUGCCAAAGUUAGGGGGUUUGCAGCACAACAUCUGCAUUCACUAUAAUUCAGAGACUCCAGCUGCUGGAAGCUCUAGCAAGGCAUAGCCAAGGAUGUUUGCAUUGCUUUACGUUACAAGUUUUGCCAUCUAUACAAGUGGACAAUCUCUUCACAACCAGCUCAAAGGAGAAAAUUACUACGCGAGAUAUAUUUGUAGCAUUCCUGGCUUGCCGGGCCCUGCAGGUCCCCCCGGAGCUAAUGGAUCACCAGGCCCUCAUGGGCGUAUUGGUCUUCCAGGAAGAGAUGGUAGAGAUGGCAGGAAAGGAGAAAGGGGUGAAAAAGGGAAUGCAGGUUUAAGAGGCAAGACUGGACCUUUAGGAACAACUGGAGAUAAAGGAGACCCAGGACAGUCUGGUAAAAAAGGACCUACAGGAUUGGUUGGUGCCAAAGGUGAAGUGGGUCCAACUGGACCACCUGGACCUAAGGGAGAUAAAGGAGACCGUGGAGAACAAGGUGUACCAGGGAUCUGUAAGUGUGGAAGGAUAGUGCUGAAAUCCGCCUUUUCUGUUGGCAUCACUACGAGCUACCCAGAAGAAAGAUUACCAAUUGUAUUCAAUAAAGUCCUUUUCAAUGAGGGUGAGCAUUACAAUCCUUCCACAGGGAAGUUUAUAUGUGCCAUUCCGGGGAUCUAUUACUUCUCUUAUGAUAUCACCUUAGCAAAUAAGCAUCUUGCAAUUGGGCUGGUUCAUAAUGGGAAGUACCGAAUAAAGACAUUUGACGCUAACACAGGAAACCAUGAUGUAGCUUCUGGAUCCACGGUGAUCUAUCUUCAGGCAGAAGAUGAAGUGUGGCUUGAGAUCUUCUACACUGACCAAAAUGGUCUCUUUGCAGAUCCUACCUGGUCAGACAGCUUGUUUUCUGGAUUUCUCUUAUAUGUUGAUACAGAUUAUCUCGAUGCCUUAUCUGAUGACGACGAACUGUGAUAUGGGAGGUGUCAAAACAUCUCCAAACAAACUAGACAGUCUGACACAGGAUUUGAUUUGGAGUGUAUAGGAGACAAAACAAUAAUGAUAUGACCUGGAAUUUUAUUUUUAUAUUGAUGGGACCACAAAUCAAAUGUGGAAGAAGGUUUCUAGCCUCUAUGCAGGACAUUUUACCAAAGAGCAGGGAUAACAAAAUUAAAAAUAUACUAAAGAAUGACUGUCACUCCAGACCCGGAUCCUCUUAAAGAUUAUGUUUAUAAUAAUAUUUAAACAAAUUUAAGAUAAUGUACAUCAAAUUUUAUAUAAAAUAUAUUGAGUUGUGAAGUGACUGAUAGAGUGGUAUUGAC